GAUUAAGGAAGGAAUUUCACGAUACACAUAUUCUGAAGCUUUCAAUGGGAAGUCAUGGCUGAACAAGAAAAAAUGAUAGAACCUCUUGUCUACGAGUGUCUAAACAUUGGGCUCUCUAACGAGAACAUGGAAGUCGGGAUCAAUCCACAACCUCUAGUUACGGUCUGUCACCAGAACAACGAUGGCACGGGAGAAUUUUCUGAUAAAGAAUUCCAUCUUCCAAGAGAGUUGUUACUCGAAAUUCUUUCUAGACUUCCUGCCAAGUCGAUCUUCAGGUUCAAAUGUGUCUGUAAGGAAUGGCUCUUUUUAAUUUCAGAUCCUUCUUUUCUGCGUCCUGAGGACUUGAUUCCAUGGACACUCCUAUUCCAAUAUGACAUUGGCACAGGCCCUCGGCCAAUUCGCCUAAAUAAUGCUGGAAUGCAUUGUUUUUUCUCCAACGAACCUGCCUUUAGCACUCCGAAUUUUCUGUUUCCCUCCGAGCAAAUUCCACACCCAAACGUUGUAGCAUCGAACGAUGACCUGCUGCUGUUUCGAUCAGGUGAUCACGAAUUAGUAUAUUCUGUGUGCAAUCCAUUUACCAGGCAGUGUAUCACCCUUCCACCUCAUUCCAAGAGAACAAAUUAUGGAGCCACCGGAUUCAUCAGCCGUAUCGGAAAUGGAGUCACGACCUAUAAGGUGGUUCGAGUCAUAGGCAGUGAAAAUAUCAAUGGAUUCCAAAGCGUACAAGCUUCAACCCCUUGUGAAGGAUACAGUUUAUCUUUUGAGCGAUUUUCGUCUGAAAUCGGAGAAUGGAGAAACUCAAAGGUGAUUCUGUUGAACAGCCUCACAUAAAAGCUUAAGUCAUUAGAAAGGUGACAAACUUAUUUAAAAUAUCACCAUAUUCAGAUGAGCUUGCAAAGUGAUUAAAACGUAGAAGUAGCUUUUUCGGAAAGUAUAUCUCCAUGUACUUUUCAAGAAAGUUACUUCUACAUUUUA